CAGCAGCCUGGUUGUGUUUCCUCCCCAGCCGCCUGGCUCAGGAACCUCUGAGAAUGAACAGGAGAUGGAUUAUCAGCUCCCGCUGCCCCUCGCUCCGCCCUAGGCGGCCCCCACAACGCUCUGGGCAAGAGGAGGGACUUUCCGCCCCCUUUCGCCUUUUUCAGAGGCGGGAGGCUGGGCUGCAGCAGAGUUUUAACCGAGUUGGAACAAGGUUUCCACAGGAGUUGGAGCUGGGAGUUCGCAGCGACCAGCUGCUCCGGACGGGACGGGAGGGAUCCCUGCCCGGAAAGGAUGCAAUUGGAGUAUCCCAUGCCUGCCUCCUCUCUGCGCAUCCUGCCUCCCGUCUGCGACCAAGGAGGCUGCGGCAACCUGGGGAUGGUGCUAGCUCCAUGCCCCAGCUCAGCGCCACCCCAGAGCAGCGGACCGAGUGCUGGCAGCGGGGCCCCUUCCCAGAUGGGCGAGGUGACCAAACCCCCCUACAGCUACAUCGCCCUCAUCACCAUGGCCAUCCAGAGCACCCCGGAGAAGAGAAUCACCCUGAGCGGCAUCUACCGGUACAUCAUGAGCCGCUUCACCUUCUACCGGGACAACAAGCAGGGCUGGCAGAACAGCAUCCGCCACAACCUCUCGCUCAACGAGUGCUUCGUCAAGGUGCCGCGGGACGACAAGAAACCCGGCAAGGGCAACUACUGGACCCUGGACCCCGACUGCUACAACAUGUUCGAGAACGGCAGUUUCCUGCGCCGCCGGCGCCGCUUCACCAGGAAGCGCGGCCUGCGGGAUGUGCCGGAGGGCGAGGCGGAGGGGGCGCGGAAGAAACAGCCCAAGUGUCGGGCCCGGCAGCACCCCCAGCCCUUGGCCCUCUUGGCUGAGGAGAUCAAGACAGAGAGCAGCUACUCCUCGCCUGCUCCCGCCAGCCAGCUGCUCGGCUCCUGCCCGGGGCGGACAGGAGCUGGACAGGCGCUGACCUUGGAGGUCCCAGUGGGUACCAAGGAGUGUGGCCAGGGCAGCAAGGAACCCAGCAUCCAUUGCCCAGAGCAGCCAGGCCAGGCCAGCCUGCUGACCCCUAGGAAGUACCUGCAGAAACCCAGGCAGGCGUGUCUGUACCCUCUGGAGGGGCCGGAGCCCAAACCCCAGCUCUUUGAGAAGCAGCCCUGCUACCCAGGCCUCGAGGGGCGCCUGUUGGAGACCCAGGGGCAAGAUCCCCCCCGGCUGAAGGAGACUGUAUUUGGGGGGCUUCAGCCCCCCAUCCAGAUAGCUCAGCCCCCGUACACUGCCCCGGGGGAGCGAGUGACCCAGCAGCACCCCCAGCUGACCAGGGACAUCAAGGAACCGCCUCAAGCCACACCAGCCCCGACCGUGUCUCCCGACAGCGAACUGGAGGGUAAGGAGUCUGCAGCGUGCACCAUGGGGCUGUCCCAACCAUUCAGCCAGGUGGCUCCCGUGUUCCCAGCCCUGCUGGGGCCCAGCAAACCCUCGCUGCCCUGCAGCCGGCAGCCCUCACCCGCCUGCUUCCCCUCCUUCGAAGGCGACGGCUACGUCAAGCCGACACUGCCCGUCUUCAGCUCCUUCGGCUGCUCGGGCUCGGACAGCUUGAGCGGUAACUACCAGUGCCGCGUGCAGGCGCUGAGCUUCUGCAUGAACGAGCGGGCGUGCAACUCGGCCCUGGAGCACCUCCUGACGGCGUCGCCAAGCGCCGCUCCCGUGACCCCCAUCCAGCCGCCCCCCUUCCGACCUGCCGUCCAGCUGCAGGGGGAGCAGAAGGAGUCGUGGGCUGGGAGCCCGUUCUCCCUGCCAGGAGGGAAUGGUUACCAGCUGGGACUCCCCCACUGUCUCUACAGGACACCUGGCAUGUUCUUCUUUGAGUGACAGGCCCUGCCCAGGACAGACUGUGCCCUCGCAGCCUCUCUUGCCGCCCACCGCUGUGCCCAGGACACCCCUGGCCAUGCCACCUGCCCUUCGGAGAGCUGACUCUGAGGACGGGACUCGCCAUGUAAGUUAUUCUCUCCUGCUGCUUCCUGCCCAGUGGUGACUGCCUGAGGGAGCUAAGAGGGACCCGGGCUCCCAGGAGAAAUCACUUUGGGUACCGGACCCCCCGCUGCCAGUGUCUUUUUGCCAUGGCUGUUAUCCCACCAAACUAGAACCCUGCGUGGGAGACAGGGGCUGGAUGGAACCGUGUCCUGGCCAGUGGAAUAAAACGCAUCCCCCAACUGCGUCUCGCCUCGGUGUCUCUGCCUCGGGGCCUGGGAGCAUCAUGCAAAGGGCAGGUGGGACUGAAGUGGGGGGGGGAAGGUGCUGCUUGGGGUCAGCUGGUUCUCCCAUGCCCUGCACCUUGACUUGUCUUGGCACCCCGGGUGUUCUCCACGUGCCCCUGCAGGAGCAUGGCACACCCACUCUGCACCGGGGUUCAGGCCGGCAGUGGGGAGCCAGCCCUGGGGCUUUACUUUCCUCUCUAAAGCAGCGUGUUCAAAGGACCCACAUGGUUUGUAGCGUAAGAAGGUUUCUGCCGUUAGCUCUCCGCGCUGCAGUGUGGCGUCCACACUAGGGCAGACCCGUCCCAGGCCCACGGGCCUCGGGCGGUUGUUCCUUAGAGGGAGGAGUCGAACCGGCAGUGCAGGCUCCUGGGUGAAAUCUGAGACUAUGAGCUGCUGAAUGCAAAUCCCAGCUCGCCACUGAGGAGUCUGGGCCCGUCGCUAAGGCCAGUGGCCCAGAUUUUCCACCGUGACUAGUGCUGUCGAGACGCUGUAAAGAGGCUGAUUUUCAGAGGGUGGCGGGUGCUUGGCAGCGCCAGGAAACCAGGCUCCUGCGAGGUGGCUUCAGCUGGGCACCCAGCGAUGACGGGCUGCAAAAUCAAUGGAAAUGUGCCUGCCCAUCUCGGCGUGGCUGAGCCCCCCGCUGUAAAACAGGGACACGGCCACGUGCGUCCCGGGGCCCUGCGAGGCCCAGGUGGGCUGGGUUUGUGAUGCACUCGCUGGCGGGGGGCAGAAAGGGCGUCCUAACAAUGAGUGUGAAUCAGCUAAUGAACUAAGCCGCGAGGGGCUGAGCUCGCUGCAGCCACCCACCUGGCAUGGCCCUUAUGGCACAGCACUUCCUGGGGCAGCACGCGGCUUCCUCUGCACCCGGGGGUGGGGGGAGGAACCCUACCUCCAUGAGCUGGUUCCACUUUCAGCUGGCAGGAGCCACAUUGAAAACCAUCCCUUGGGUGGAGCUCGCUCACCUGUCUGCAAAACUGCCCCUUGUGAACGUGCGUCCUGAUCUCCAUGUGUCAGGACAGGGGUGGGGUGGAGGGAGGGAGGUCCAGCAGGCCGGUGCCCUGAGCCAGCUCGGGAAGGCUGGGGGCAAGUCUGGGACGUGGGAGACCCUGGUGCAGCUGGCUGCUCUGUGCAGAUUGCCCGUGCUUUGGGCUCCUCCGGUCCCCUGCUAGAUGCAGGAGGUCAGAGCCGUGCCCUGCCCCACGGGGGAGAGUGUGUGGUGAGGGGGGGCCAGGUGAGUGCCUGAGGUAGAACCCAGCUGAGCCUUGUCUUCCGCCGCGGGAGGAGUGUGAGUGUUAAUCGUGUCCCCGCCGCAGGCCUGAGCACGGAUCGGGCCCCUCUAUGCCAGCGGGGACGCUGUGUGAUGGAGCUGUGUCAGCACGCUGGGAAUGGGGCGUUUCUGUACCACAGCCUGAGCCCCAGACCAACAGCCAGCUGUGAGUGGAAGGAACCCUGCCAGGUCACGGGCCCGCAGCAGGCAGGGUUAAGAGUGGUUCCCUUGGCGUGGGGUGGGGGUUGUGUCAUGUUUGUAGCCCCCACGGGCAGGGAGAGUGUGCAGAAACCACAUCAGAGAUCUAGCCUACCUUGCUAGGCUCUUUGCAUCACUCUUGGAAGGGCCCAGCCCUAACCCAAAGAGCUUCCAGGCGAGGCGUUGGACAGGAUGCAGGGAGGGACAGCCCCGGAGCAGCCCCUGGCAGGCUCAGAGCAGCGAGGAAAGCAGCAGCAGGAGUAGGGGAAAGUGAACGUGGGUUUGCAGAAUUCUUCCAGCUUUACUCAUGCAGGACGUUGCUGGUGAGGACACACAGGUCUGACUCACUGCCCGCUGUGUGACUCCACAGGAGAGGCGCUGGAUGUACGUGUGGGGCAGGGCUUUUCUCGCCUGGCCCUGGGCAGCAGGACAAGCUCUGUGCCAGGCUGAAGGUUGCAAGUAGCGGGGCAGGAGCUGGUCUGGGACACAGCGUUGGAGGGUUUCUGUGGGGAGGCCGAGGCAUAAGAACAUAACACACGAGUUGCCAGCUGGGUCAGAGAAAAAGGAAGUUGUUCUGGCCGCAGCUGUAGCUAAACUCUGGGGGGCAAGGGAGUCCCCAGUCCCUUGAGUAGUGUUUGCCAGGCUAAUCCCCUCCCUCUCCCCCCACUGAGGGUGUGCAGCACCCCACGCCUCCCCAGACUGUGCCUCCCCGGAGCGGCUGGCUAUUCUUAGACAUGGUUCCCUGUUGGGGGUGUGAGCAGGUCCCAGCCGAGCUCGCUGCCCGGUCACCAGUAUCUGGGCUGAUGUCUCAGCAGCGCCAAUACACCCCCUGGGCUGCAGCAUGGCCCUUCGCACCGGCCCCUUCCAAGAGUCUGCCUGGCUUUUCUUCGAGCACUCUCCCAAUGCCCCACGUCAGAUGGGCCCAGAGCAGCUCCCAGCCACACGUGGAGGGCGGGAGUCCGGGGGGACAGGUCUGCACUGAGGACGAGUCCGUGCCAAGUCUGAGCCCCCAUUUCCCGCCCCCCCCAAAUGCCAGUGCUGCCCCAGCAUCCUCUGCAGGGAGGAGGGAUGAGAUGCAUUCGUGAGAACUCUCCAGACUUUCCGGGUGGGAUGGGGGUGGACGAGAGAGUAGUUGACCAGGUUACCCCCUCGGCUCGGGGCCCUAGGGAAUGGCAUACGGGGCGUGAGGUUAGCUAGGGUGCCUCCCUCGUGAGCAGCAGGCAGGAAUGGACCUCCGUUGCCCCGGGCUGAGACGCUGGUCCCUCUCCUCACCUGCCAAACAGGGAAAUGCUGAAACUGCCGAGCUCCUGGCCAUGAACCAGGAAAGGGGGCUGGAAUUACCCAGUGGACAGAGGGGAUCGGGUUGCCAGAGCCACCCCACAGGCAUCGGCCACGAAAGAACAGCCCGAGGGCCUUUCAGGGUAUCCGGGGAUGAUCCUCUAACGCUCCUGGGCUGGUAUGAAAACAGGGCUAGUCGUUCUGGCCUCCCCCGGCAGGGCCACGUGGCAAAGCCAAGCGCUGGCUGAGUCUCCUUCUGCGCCGCCGAGGCAGAUGGCAGGACAAUUCCUUCCUCCUUCAGUGCGGCGUGGAAAGGAAGGCUCCAGAAACCCAGCGUGCUGCUGCGAGAAACACCGUGCCAGGGCCACCCCAGCCUGGGGCCGCAGCCCCCAGGAAAUGCCAGGCCAACGCAGCACCGCCUGCAAGGGGGAGCCUGCUUUUCCAGUCUGGGGCGAGGCAAAGCCCCGGGCAAGGACCAGGCUGUUGGGAGCAGGUGUCUUGCAUUUGCCCCAACCCCAGGCAUUCAUAACCCAGGAGCCAGGCCCAACAACACAGAGGUUCUCUUACAAAUCAGGAGAUUUGAUACAACGGCACAUUGUGGGGUCUUUGCCUUCUAAGGUUUGAGCCUUGGGGGGCUACAUUUUAAAGCUUUUCUCCGCAAGCCUGAGGGCUAGAAAUGUACUUCCAAAACGAAAGCUGAGAGUCUCUUGUAAUAACUGACCGCAGGCGCUGGGGCUUUAAGAAAAAACGCGGACUAUUGCAAGACUGUCAAUAAAAUGAUGAGCAUUGGCACCACUGGCGAGUGUCCUGUGUCCUCCUCAGUAGUCACCAUGUAUGUGUUUGAAUCGGCGUCUAACCAGGCACAAGGCUUGUCCCCACGUGGCACACAAUGCCGUGACUGCGGCGAACUAGCCUGCCGCACAGCCCCGCCCGGUGUGGCCAGAGCUACAAUGCAGCGAAAGUCCCAGCGUGUGGUUUUCCCGCAGGGGCCACACAGGACGUUACUGCCUGGCAUGUUGGUGCGAUGUACAGUCACACCCGUCCCUGCCUUGCUGCACAGUGUAGACAAGGCCACAGACUCUGCUCAGCGCCUGAGAAAUGAGCCUCUCUGUCCCAGGCCACACCCACAGCCCAUCCAGAGCGAACCCCCAGAAUCUCACCUAAUACUGCCAGGAUGC